AUGUCCAAAAAGACGUACGGCAGCUCGCCGGCGGCGACGGCUGAACAGCCGGCAGCCGCCGCCGUCGUGCCGUCGCCGCCGCCGACGGUGGAGGUGACGAAGGCGCUGACCAUCUUCUACAACGGCAGCGUCGCCACGUUCCAUCUCACCCAAGACAAGGCGGAGGAUGUCAUGAACAUGGCAGCCGGUCGGGGCGAACAGGUCGACGACGCUGCCGCCGACGGCACCGCCGGCCGGCGGCAGCUGGCGGCGGCGGCGGCGGAGAUAUCGAUAUCCGCAAGCAGCAGCGGCGACCAGCUGCUGGAGAAGCUAAAGCGAGAGCUGCCCAUUGCAAACAAGAGAUCGUUGGUGCGAUUCUUCCAGAAGCGCAAGGAGAGGUUGUACAGGCCCUAGCUGGGGAGAGAUAGAUCCAUCCAUCAGUGAACUGAACCAUGGAGGCAACUGCUACUGCUACUCUGCUAGCCACCCCCUGUGAAAAUUAAUAAUGGUGUUAAUAUAGCAAUAAUUUGCAACAAAACAGUUGUGUAUACUUAUAUAAUGGUUUUAUUUCUGACAUGUCAGUGUGCAUAUUUUUAAUGUUUU